CUAAAUUUGUGGGAGCCCUGGAAAGUGGACUUGCGGAGGCGAAGCCACAAGUGUCAAGGCCCCUUGUCUGUGGUUGCACCGGGGCCUGUACCGUGGGGAAUCGUGUGGUGCAGACCUGGGUACGGAGGACACGGCCAGGUGUCGCGGGGACGCAAAAUCUCCCUGGAGCCAGUGUCGCCGCGCAGGGCGGCCUGGGAAAGUCAGCAGCGCAGUGGCGGCCCUGGACCUCCCAGGGAAGCAAGCCAUCUAUCUAUUCAUUGUUCCUGAAAGAGAAACUCAAAGAAGAGAAUCAAUAAGAAAUGGCUAAUUCUACAGCAAACAUGCCACAGGGUCUGUUGACUUUCGGGGAUGUAGCUGUGGACUUCCCACAGGAGGAGUGGGAAUGCCUGGACUCUGCUCAGAGGGCUUUGUACAUUGAUGUGAUGUUGGAGAAUUACAGCAACCUGGUCUCAGUGGAGAACUAUUGCAAAUGUGAUCCUGCCCAUCAACAUAUGAAUAAUAAAAAAGAGUUUUCUCAGUGUAAUCAGCCUGACAAAAUGCUCCAUGACCCCUCCAAAGGUGCAUUUUCUGGAACAAGUGAACCUGCAGAAAGCUCUAAAAAUGGCACCUGCAGUAAUCACAGGGAUGCCUCUAUUGACUCAUCAAACCCAGAUAGACAUGACAGCAUGCACACUGGAGAAGAUCCUUGCAAAUCUAAAGACUGCGAGAAAUCUUUAAAUUUGAAUUCCAACAUUACUCAAGAUCAGAGUCUCCACACUGCAAAGAAAGACAACAGGCAGGAAGAAUAUGAUGAUUAUUUCAGCUCUGCUUACAGUCUUUUGCAACAACCAAUCUUCAUCGGAGAUACACCACACCAGUGUGAGAAAUGUGGGAAAUGCUUCAGUACUGCCUCAAGCCUCACUGUACAUCAGAGAAUUCAUACUGGGAAAAAACCCUAUAAGUGCCACUUUUGUGGCAAAUCAUUUAACCAGUGUGCAAAUCUAAAAACACAUCAAAGACUUCAUACUGGGGAGAAACCUUACAAAUGCAAAGAAUGUGGAAAGUCAUUUCCUCAGUUGUCAGCACUUAAAAGCCAUCAGAAAAUGCAUACUGGAGAGAAGCCUUACAAGUGUAAGGAAUGUGACAAAUCCUUUGCCCACUGUUCCAGUUUCAGGAGACAUCAGAAAAUCCAUGCUGCUGAUCAGCAUUAUACUUGUCAACAAUGUGACAAGGUCUUUCAUCAGCUUUCACAUCUUAAAAACCAUUACAGACUCCACACUGGAGAGAAGCCUUACAAAUGCAAUGACUGUGACAGAUCCUUUACCCACUAUUCAUCAUUUAGAAGACAUGAGAAAACUCAUUCUCUAGAGAAAUUUAAUGAAUGCAAAGAAUGUGGUAAGUCCUUCCUUGAAUUAUCACAUCUUAAAAGACAUUACAGAACUCAUACUGGUGAGAAGCCUUACAAAUGUGAGGUAUGUAACAAAUCCUUUACUGUGAAUUCAACUCUUAGAACACAUCAGAAAAUUCAUACAGGAGAGAAACCUUACAAAUGUAGGGAAUGUGACAAAUCCUUUAUCAAGUACUCACAUCUUACAAGACAUCAGAGUGUUCACACUGGAGAGAAACCUUACAGAUGUAAGGAAUGUGACAGAUCUUUUACUGAAUUCUCAACUCUUAGAGAGCAUCAAAAAAUUCAUACUGGAGAGAAACCCUACAAAUGUGGAGAAUGUGACAAAUCCUUCAUCCAGCGUUCAAAUCUUAGAAUACAUCAGAGAGUUCACACUGGAGAGAGACCUUACAUAUGUAAGGACUGUGGAAAAUCUUUUACUAAGUGCUCAACUCUUCAAGCACAUCAGAAAAUUCAUACUGGAGAGAAACCUUACAAGUGUUUGAAAUGUAACAAAUCCUUUACCCAGGACUCACAUCUUAGGACACAUCACAGAGUUCAUACUGGAGAGAGACCUUACAGUUGUAAAGAGUGUGGCAAAUCUUUUACUAGGCGCUCAUAUGUUAAAGCACAUAUGAAAAUUCAUACUGGAGAGAAACCACACAAGUGCAAAGACUGUGACUUUUCUUUUAUUCAGAUGUCAAAUCUUAAAAGACAUCAAAAAAUUCAUGCUGGAGAGAAACAUACUGUUGUAAAUAACAAGACAUAGCAUUUUCUGGUACUCUGCUUACAAAUCACAACACUAUACAAAAUAGAGACAUAAAGAUAAACAUUUGGAAGCCUUUAAUGAAAGUUUAAAUUUUAAAAAAAUACCUUAGAGUUUAUGUUAAAUUAAAAUUAUGCAAAUGAAACUGUGAGGAAAGUUUUUAUUUUUGUGUGUAUGCUUGCUUUGCUGCAAGUAUGUCUGUGAACUAAAUAUAUGCCUGAUGCAAGCAGAGGGGUCAUCAGAUGUCCUGAAGCUGGAAUUAGGGAACUGAACACCGGUCUUUAAGAAAAUCAGUACUCUUACCCAAUAAGCCAUUUCUUCAGCACCAAGUAAAAAAUGUAAUAAAAACUUGUAUCUUGUUCAACAUCCAAAAAUUCAUAAUAUUGCCAGGCAAUAUGGUAUACCCUUUUAAUCCCAGCACUCAGGAAACAUAAGCAAGAUCUCUGUUAGUUGGAGGAAAUUAUCACCACAUAUAUAUUGAGUUCCAGAACAGCCAAGACUACAUAAACCCUGUCUUAAAACAAAAAAUAACAAGUCAUAUAAAGUAACAAAGUAUAUGACAAAAACCUUUAGUUUUUUUUCUUUAAUUGUUCUGUACAUGACAAAAUUCAUAAUUCUGAGAAACCAUAUAAAGGUAUCUCAUAUAUAAUCCUCAUGUCUUGCUGUUCAUUGGCAAUUACACUCCUCAAAUGCAUUGAUUUUUACAAAUUCUUUACAUCUUGCUGAAACUGCAGAGAUAAAAGAAAAUUCAUCAUGAAAGAAAAUGCUCUGAUAAAUUCUUAUCUUUUAUUCACUCUCAGAAUCUUCAUACUAGAAUCAAACCAUACAAAUAGCAAGAAGGUGACUAACUGCCAUGUUUUUUUACCAUGACAUGAAUUCUUCUCUAUUGUGUUGGCUUUAAUUCAGUGUCCCAUUCUUUUAUAGCAUAUGUGUUCUACUGUUGCCUCGUACUGUUUAUUUUUUUUUCUGUAAUGUGGGUUGCAAAAUGAUAGGUUCCCAUAUAGCUUCUUCAUAAUCAUUUCAUUUUGUUGACUUUCAGCAGCCCAAUCUCUUCCCACCACUGCAGUACAUAUUUGAAAUAUUCAUCCCCCAGGAUUCCCAAUCUCUAAUUUCAUAUUACCUAUAUUCUACUCUUCACUCUCUUCCUGCAUCUCUUCAUUAAUGGUCCAUCUCUAGCUCCUGUUCUUACUUAAACACACAAUGCAAAAUGUUUGAAACUGAGACCCACAUAUAAGAGAAAACAUGAUGGUUGAAUUUGGGGACUUAGGUACUUGUACUCAUGGUAAUUUCCAGUUGCCUACAUUUACAUCUUGAUUUUACACUUACAUUUUUAUUUAUACCUGAGUGAUAUACCAGGUUAUAUCAAUAUGCAUCACAUUUUCAUUUACUAAUAUUUCAGUUCAUGGUAAUCUAUGUUGAUAUCACUUCCUAGAUACACUGAAUAAAACAGUAUUGGAUAUGAUGGGCAGUUGCUCAUUGGAAAGGAUGUAAAGUCUUUGGAAUUCAUGCCCAGGAUAAUUGUUGUGUCUGAGUUUUCUCUGAGAUUAAAUCGUUCCAUCUAGGUGGAAUCUUCUUAAAAUAUAGAGUGUUAAAAGAGAGAUAAAGGAACAGAAUGCUAUAAUGGGAGGUGUUCAUUCCAUCCGAGACGUUGCAAAAGCUUAGAAAUAGACAAAAUAGCUUUAGAAAGUCACAGAAACUGCCAAUCUGAUCAAGUACCCUCUUGCCUCAGGCAUAUAUAACCAGUAAGGACUUGUCACUGUCAGACAAGCUGAGCUGCAUAGAAGAUGCUCAGACCAGCCAUCAGGCAGCCACCAGUCAAGCUGUCUGGACUAGACAAGACAAGCUUCUUGGAGGAUGUAGUGAGUGGCAUGAAAGACUUCUAACCUCCCUUGAAUUGUCUACAAGCUGUGCAGUGAUCCUUAGGUUUCCAGGUUCAUUAGCCAUUGCCCUCCCAGGAUGAGGCAGCUGUCACACUUGUGUUUUUUUUUUCUUUCAUUUAUGUAUUUAUUUGAGAACAUAUACACUGAUUAUCAAAGUUGAUUCUCUACUUCCCACUCCCACAGCAGUGUAUGACCUUUCCCCAUAUUGAUGUCAACAUUAGUUAUCAUUUCUAUUCUUUAUGAUGGACAUUGUACCUAGGGCAGCAUGGAGGAUUAAGAGUCUUAAUCUGCCUUUCCUGAUAUUCAUAUGACUUUGUUUUAGUGUCACUUUGGAUUUGUUGUUGUUGUUUUCCCUGUAGUAAUUAGAAUGUAAUUGAUCCCUGUAAUCUCAUAGGAGUGCCACUGUUGUGAGAUGUGGGCUUGUUGGGGUGUGUAUGUCCAUUUUUGAGGAAGUGUAUCACUGUGGGGGCAGGCUUUGAGGUUUCCAAGGUUCAGAAUAAUGACCAGUAUUACAGCUGACUUCCUGUGUUGCCUUCAAGAGGUAGGAUUCUCACCUCCUCCAGCAGUAUGUCUGCCUCCAUGCUGCCAUGAUCUCCAUCAUGAUAAUAGACUGAACCUCUGAAGCUUUAAGCAAACCACCCCAAUUACAUGUUUUUCUUCAAAAGAAUUGCUGUAGUCGUGUUCUCUCUUCACAGAAAUAAAAACCCCAACUAAGGCAGAAUUUCAUACAAGGGACUGGAAUAUUGCUGUAACAGGCCUGACUAUGUAUUUGUUUGGAGUGAUGUGGACUUUGGGACUGAGGAUUAGAAAAGCAGUUGGAUGUUUUAAGUACUGUUUAAUGUGCCAUACUAGUAGGAGCAUGGAAGACAGUGGUGCUUAUUUUGAUUUGAUAACUCUGGGAAUCAAGAGGUUUCAGAGGGUAAGGAUGUUAGUGUGUUGUCUAGAGACUGGUCUUAUGAUAUUUUGGUGAAAAUAGUGGCUGCUUUUGCCCUUGUCCAAAGAGUCUGCCUGAAGCUAAAGUUAAAAUUUUUGGAUUACUUUUAUUGUCAUAGGAAAUCUAAAAACACCAUAGUUCAGGCUCUGUUGUGUGGAUCAAAAAACAGUCCCCUUGCCACAUAAUGAUCAAAAGACUAAACAUAUAGAAUAAAGAAAGAAUAUUAAGAGCUGCAAAGGGAAAAGACCAAGUAACAUAUAAAGGCAGACCUAUCAGAAUUACACCUGAUUUCUCAAUGGAAAGUAUGAAAUCCAGAAGGUCCUAGACAAGCAUUAUGCAGACAUUAAGAGACCAUGGGUGCCAGCUCAGCCUACUAUACCCAGCAAAAUUUUCAAUCACCAUAGAAGAACAAAACAAGAUAUUCCAUGACAGAACCAGAUUUAACUAAUACCUAGCCACUAAACAAAGUACUAGAAGGAAAAUUUGAACCCAAGGAAGUUGGCUACAUCAACAAAAACACAGACAAUAAAUGAUUUCACAGCAGCAAAUCCCAAAGAAGGGGAAAGGCACAAAAUAAUAUAACCAACAAUGAAAACUAAAAUAAAAGGAACUAGCAAUCACUGGUCAUUAAUAUCCCUUAAUAUAAAUGGACUAAAAUCACGUAUAAAAAGAUACAUGCUAACAGAUUGGAUACAAAAAGAGAAUCCAUCUUUCUGCUGCAUACAAGAAACACCUCAACCUCAAAGACUGACAUCACCUCAGAGUAAAGGGUUGGGAAACAUUUUUCCAGUCAAAUGGACCUAAAAUACAAGCUGAGGUAGCUAUCCUAAUAUCUAAUAAGAUAAACCUCAAACUAAAAUCAAUCAAAAGAGAGAAAGAAGGACGUUUCCUAUUAGUCACAGAAAAAUCCAUCAAGAGAAAAUCUUAAUACUGAACAUCUAUGCCCUAAAUACAAGGGCACCCUCAUAUGUAAAAGAAACACUUCUAAAACUUAAAAUCACACAUUAAACCCCACACUUGAUUUUAAGAUUUAAGUCAAAAGGUAUGUUACUUUGUAGAAGUGGCUUUGCUUUUACUUCCACAGUAAAUGAGAGGCUGUGGAUUCAUUCUGGGUUAAGAAAAAUAAGGUUUGAUAAAGGAAGACCCCCACACACACCCUGAAAAAUCUCAAACAGGAACAGAUGACUCCGAUAAUCUAACAUUCUGUUGCAGUUUUGUCUGAGUUCUACAUCCAGACCAGCUUCAGACUGCUGGCUGAGAUAAUCCAAGCUCACAUUAUACUCCAGUCAGGAUUUGACCAUAAUCCUAAAUUUUCUUUAGGUCCAUAUAAGAUUAUCAGUGACCCCUUCAAAAAAAAAGUAGCCUAGAAAAAUACCUCCACAUUCCCCCCAACAUGGAUUAUGAAUGUUUCUCUUUGCAUUGUGCGUUGGUUACAAGUUGUUAUUGAUAAUGGUUAGAAAGAAGCUGAGCAAAGAUUAUAUUUACAGUUUCUACUUUGAAAAGAAAAACAGGGAAAGCACUGUGGAAUAAUGCUCUUGCACCCUGUAAAGAUUUGUUACUCAUAUUGGUUUAAUAAAAAGCUGAUUUGCCAGUAUCCAGCCAGGAAGUAUAGGUAAGGCAACCAGGCUAGGAAAAUUCAGGGAAGCGAAAAGGCUCAGUCUGCAGACAUCUACCAGGUGUGGAGCAAGCAAGAUGAGAAUGGCUUACUGAUAAAAGGUACAAACUCACAUGGCUAAACAUAGAUAAUAAUUAUGGGUUAAUUCAAGCUCUAAAUGCUAGUUAAUAAUAAGCCUAAACAAAUAGGACAAACAGUUUAUAAUUUAAAAAAAAGAGUCACCAUGACCACAGCAGAUCUUAUAAAAGAAAACUUCUAACUGGGGCUUAUUUACAGUUCAGAGGUUUAGUUCAUUAUCAUCAUGGAAGUAAACAUAGUGGAUAUCUGGAUCAACUGGCAACAGGACGAGAGUACCACAAUGGGUGGGGCUUUAGGAUUUGAGACCUCAAAGAACACCCCUAAUGACACACUGAUUUCAACAAGGUCACACCGCCUAAUAGUGCCACUCCUUGUUUUCAAUGUGGCAUGACAGGACAGGUGAGAAGGGAUUGUAGAAAUAAUGUCUCCUCUAGGAAUGGCAAAAAUAAAAAGUAUCAAUCUUCUGGAUUAUGUUGAAGGCGUGGCAAAGGUCGACAUUGGACCAAUGAAUCCAGAUCAACAAAAGACAGACAGGGCAACCCAAUACCAUUGGGAAACUCCUUGGGGGACCUCUCACAGGCCCCCAAGUCAAAUGUGGUCCAGUCAUUUCCAUUCACUGUGGAGGACAUGUCUCACCAGAAAAACUUUAAAAUGCAAUGUCUGCUGCAAAAAACCAUACAGUUCUGGAUGAUGGAAUAAACAUAGAGGAUGAAUCAAAAAUUCCAAUAAGAAAUAGGAAACUUAUAUUCUGGCAGACUUCUUUAAAUGAUCAAAGACCAAAGCUAAGAGUGCAUAUAAAUAACAUUGUAGUUAAGGGAUUACUAGACACAGUUGCAGAUGAAUCAUUACUCCAGAAUCUUGGCAUCCAAUCUGGCCUCUUCAAAAAGGCAGAUGUUCCUCAUCAGAGCAACGGACUGAGCCCCCAAGGUCCAGUUGAAGAGCAGAAGGAGGGAGGUGAGCAAGAAAGUGUGGACCGUGAUGGGUUGGUCCACCCACUGAGACAGUGUGCCUGUUCUAAGGGGAGCUCACCAAAUCCAGCUGGACUGGGACUGAAUGAGCAUGCUAUAAAACCAGACUCUCUGAAGAGUCUGGGGGCUGACUGAGAAGACAUUGAUAAAGGCACUGGGACUUAUUUCUAUUGCAUGUACUGGCUUUUUGGGACCCUAGUCUAUUUGGAUGCAAAGCUUCCUAGGCCUGUAUGUAGGGGGGGAGGGCCUUGGACUUCCCACAGGGAAGGGUUCCCUGCCCUCUCUUAAGGAGGGAGGUGGAGGGAGAAGAGUGAAUGGUGGAGUGGGAGGGGAAUGGGAGGAGGGGAGGAAGUGUAAAUU